AUUCGAGUGGUGUUGAUCGUAGAAAUAUAAAAUUGGUGAAAAACCACAGAUUAUGCUUGGAAAUGAUCGUUUUUCUUUCCAAAAAACGGUGCAUUGCUUAGCACGAGUGCUUGCCCGUAUAAAACCGACACCAUGGGAUAAGGUUCAAACAUUGUUCAGAUACUGUCCACAGGAAAAUGCAGCCGGAGUAUUCUGUCUGGAUUCCAGAGCUCAGGAUGCUGUUAUUGCCCUGGGCCUCUAUUUCCUGGAAAGUGGCUAUCAGUACGAGAAGGAAAUUAUCCCGUAUCUACUAAGGCUUUCGAAAGCCUUGCCCAAAGCCGUAUGGAUCGAUGACGUCAAGCUGAACAAAAUCGAUAAAAUUCCUAUCGCGGAAAAGUUUUGUUUCUGCUUGAACAGCUUGCUCUCAGACAUCGCCGUUGGAUGCCCGGAAAGUCGUGAUGAAAUCAUUGUCAAUCAGGUUGAGGUGUUGACCGUUCUGACGAACAUGAUAAAAGGUAACAGGGAAAGCAAUAGCCUACCACCGAUUAUACUGUGUAAAGCCACGGUUCCACUCUUGCUUGGAUUGGGACGUUCCAUGGGGAGGUAUGCGACCGGUGAUCCCCCAUUGCUGUGUCGUCUGUUUCCCCGAAAUGAAAUACCAUCACCGAAAUCGCAGGAAACAUCACUCAACGUCGAUUCCAAGUCGAGCAAUACCAUAAGCCAUUUCAGGUCCAUCAUCCCAAGAUCGAUGUCCGGUAGCUUAACGGCCGAGUUGACCGAAGAAAAAUCACCCAAAAAUAACGCCAAGAAACUGAACUCCUAUUAUUCGGUCCCGUACGAUCCGACGACGUACUUCUUUGCCAAGUAUGGGUCCAGCUUCAACCAGUUUCCCAACAUGCGUUUCUGUGAUACACCAGAGAAGAAAAAUCGUCUUCAGUUUCCGAUUAAUCAUCUGCAGACUAUAUUUGCGCUUGCGAAAAAGCUUCUUACCAAAGAGACCUUGGAACACUUGGAUGAACAGGCGGGUGAUAUUUAUUCACUGCAUCAAAUCAAACCAUAUGGAUACAAGAGUGUCUCAGAAACAAUAAAUCUGGUUAUGGUCACUCUGCUGAGGGAGAUUUUACAGAACCAGACAGAUCUUCCGACACCAUUUACCAAAGAUGUACAGGAAUUUGUAAAACGUCUAUUUUUGAUCGGACAAACUGAAUUGCAGAACAAGCAGCACGACAGCACGGUGGACAAGGUGAAUGAUCCAUCCAACAUAGUUGUCAACAAGUACAAGAUUAAUGUGAUGGCAAAUGCGGCCUGUGUCGAUUUGUUGGUGUGGGCUAUCGGUGAUGAAACAGUGGAUGAUGACUAUACUCUAUCUUCACUGCAACAGAGUUUGUCUUGUUUGCUGGAGCUAGAGGCCGAUAAACUUUGUAGUCGCCUAUACCAAAAACUAAACUCAGUGCUAGGACACAAAGUGGUUAUGGAUCAUAUGCCGUUGUUGAUGGUUUGCCUAGAGGGCUUGGGUAAGUUAGCACAAAAGUUCCCAAACAUUGCCGGAACAUCAAUUUCGUAUUUGCGAGAUUUUCUCGUCGAUCCAAGUCCCAUUCUGACGAAGCUUCACGCUCAGUCCCAAGCGCAGAAUAAGAAGGAAAAGGAGAACGCCCCCUUCAGAAUUGUUGUUCAAGGUUCUGACUUCAAAGCAUUUGACCAGCAACCGAAUCAACGGAAGGGUCUCACCAAAUCAGCUCACGACGCUUUUGAAGCACUGAGGGAUGCCGCUAUUGAGAACCUUUCCAUCGCCCUCAAGGCCGCGCACGCACUGGAUCCCUAUUGCGUUCCAGCCUUGGUGGCCAACGUAUCGAAUCGAUUGUUCACAGUAGAAAAGCAGGAAAGCGAAUCCAGUCUAGUUUCGUUGAAUAUAAUUGUCAUGCUGGGUCACGUAGCGGUUGCCUUGAAAGACACUCCGAAAACAACCAACAACAUUCUACAGUUCUUCAUUCAGCGUUUCUGCAAGGUACCUUCGGAACAAAAUGUGCUUAUCGUGGACCAGCUAGGAUGUAUGAUCAUCUCCAAGUGCGAACCGCAAGUCUUUGAGGAAAUUAUGAAGAUGUUUUCGCGGGUGACGGUGCAAGCGGCAUCCUUGGCUUAUUCCACCAACCCGGAACAGAGGAAAUCCUACCACCACGUGUCGGAUGCAGUGGUCAAUGCGUUGGCCAACAUUGCCGCCAAUAUCCAAGGAGAGUUGGAGAUGUUGGAUUUGCUCGGAAAGCUGUUGGAAUUGUUUGUACAAAUCGGUCUAGAAGGUGAGCGUUCGUACGAUAGCACCUCCGGUGCACAGAAGGCCAGUUCCAGCGCUGGAAAUUUGGGUAUGCUGAUUCCUGUGAUUGCGGUUCUUGUGAGACGUCUACCGCCGAUCAAGAAUCCAAAGCAACGACUUCAUAAGCUGUUCAAAGACUUUUGGUUGUACUGUGUAGUAAUGGGCUUCACCAAUGCUCGAUUGUGGCCAUCGGAUUGGUAUCAGGGAGUUCAGCAGAUUGCGGCGAAGUCACCGUUGUUGAUAUCACAAAUAGCUCACCGGUCAGAGAUGCGUGAAAUGAACUACACUUCUGCUAUUCGUUCAGACAGUGUCAGUUUGAACGAACUUAGAAGUCAAAUUUUGGUUUUGUUGGAUCAUCCACCGGCCGAAAUAACUGCAUUCAUAAAUAAACUCACCUUUGCCCAAUGUACGUACCUGUUGAGUGUAUAUUGGCUGGAAAUUUUGCGUGUUGAAAAUGCUUCUGAGCCCAGCUUAGAACCAAUACUGAAUUAUCUUUGUGAUAACGCUCUUCUGAAGGAUAAGUACGGCAUGUGGCAAUGUAUACGAUGUAUUGGCGAUCAAGUCUUCGAAAAGUUUCGAAGUGUGCUCCUGGCACAGGAUUCCGUCCGCGAGAAGGUUCUGGAAUCACAAGCUAUGCUGUUGUUGGUAUAUUUCAAUCACAUUCAUAAGCAAAUUCAGCUUGUAGCUGAUCAGUACUUGUCUCAGUUGGUUGACAAAUUUCCACAUUUACUCUGGAAUCGUAAAGUACUUUGGUGUAUGCUAGACGUCCUUCAACUUCUAGCCUUUUCACUGACACUCGAUCCGAAUGAAGAAACUCCAACGUUGAGAGUCGCUUCGACGCCCUACACUCUACAGCUGAUGGAUAGCCUACCGGCCAGAGAAAGUCGUGUCAAGGACUUUGCCGAUCGUUGUCAAGGUAUUGUUAGCGAAGCCAUGAAGUGGGCCCCAAAGUCCACCAGAAGUCAUCUCCAAGAGUACCCUAAUCAGGUACCUACGACAACCCUAUCGAAUCACAGUGGAUUAGCCCUGGCUGUCGAUUCCAUUCUACACACAUGGGUGACAAAUGCCAGCAUACAAUCUACGUCGAAACGACCGCAUUGCGUCAACAGUGACACGUCCAAGUUCGUGUCGGUACUAUGCUUGCGUAGCAAAUACGCAGGAGAAAUAUCCGGAUUGUUAUCAGUAUUGGAAGAUGAGGAAAAGAAGGGCUUAGCUGAUCGUUUGGUGAAAGAUAUCUGGGACGCUUGUGGUGAGAAGAGCGAUGCCAAGCAUCGUGGUGCCCUUUGGAGAGCUACGGCAUAUCUGAUCCUUUGUUCCAGUGCUAAUAGAAAGUUACUGCAUGCCAUAUCAUCAUCGCAAGUACAACUUUUUACAGAAUCUGCCAUGGAAACGGCAGUAGAGUGUUGGCAAUGGAUUCUUACUGCUCGACAGGACCUUGAACUAUGCUUCAUUCAAGAGAUGGUAACUGCUUGGCAGACAACUUUCGACAAAAGGAUAGGAUUGUUUACGGAAGAAAUUGACAUCACCAGUCCUCUGGCGGCAUACGAAAGUUGCAAGCUGGUUCCCAAACCCAUAGUCGUGUCGCCACAUUUAAUUUGGUUACAGCUGCUUUCUGAGAUGGUUGAUACGGCCAAAUAUUGCAAUCGUGAUAAGGUUGAAAUGUUCUGCAUGCUGCUACAUCGUUGUCUUCCAUUAAGUCCAUUCAAAAUGACCAGACACAUCUCCACUGUUGGUUGCCGUUUCAAGCUUCUCCAGUGCGGAUUGUCCCUUCUCCAAGGGAAUACAAUUCCCAAAUCACUGGCUCGAAAUAUCUUGAGAGAACGGAUCUACGCCAAUGCCUUGGAUUACUUCUGUGGACCACAACUUUGUCCAAGUCAUUCCAGAGAAGCUCUACUGGAGGAUAUAUCCAUUUUACUCAAAUUUUGGCAAACGAUGAGAAGUGAGAAGAAACACUUGGUCGCUUCGGAAGUUAGCGACUACGACUUGAACCCAACGUCUCAGAAUCUGUCUGUAAACAAAUCAUUGGAUACAGCUUCCCUUGCCGGAAGCGAAGUAGCUCGUUCCACUAGUAGUGGAAACGCUGGGUGGUACAACACUAUUCCUCAUUCAACUUCAACCCUGUCCAAACGAUCGACUCGCAUCAAGCGUCCACCCUAUCAGAAGGAUGCUUAUGACAAAGAUUACAUGAAGAAACGAAACCUAAUUCUGGAACUACUAGCCGUUGAAAUUGAGUUCAUGAUCAUUUGGGCUAAUCCGCUUUCAACCCCGGAGCUACAGAUAGCCGGCGAAGAGUCUGUUGCAGAAUGGCGAGCUCGUCCAGUAAAGUUGAACGUUUGGCGUGACUACACUCGACUUGCCUGGUCGUAUAAUCCCGCAUUGGCCAUUUUCCUGCCGCAACGUAUACGAAAUGCUGAAACCAUUGAAGACGAAGUCACUCGUCUGGUUUGUUUGGAUCCUCUUGCAGCAAUUCACAUUCCGGAAGCACUGAAGUAUCUCGUCACCACAAGAACGCUACUCAAUGAAUCUCCGGAACUGGUUUACAUGCUGACCUGGGCCCGUGUGAAUCCCAUUCAAGCGUUGUCUUAUUUCUCCCGUCAAUAUCCAACCCAUCCACUAACUGCACAGUACGCCGUUACGACCUUGAACUCGUAUCCUGCUGAAGCCGUUCUUCCGUACAUUCCACAAUUGGUCCAAGCAUUGCGACAUGAUACGAUGGGAUAUGUGGUAGAAUUCAUCAAGCAUAUCUCAAAACGAUCUCAGAUUGUUGCUCAUCAACUCAUUUGGAAUAUGCAAACCAACAUGUACAUCGACGAGGAAAUGCAUCACAAAGACCCUGUUCUAUAUGAUGGUCUGGAAGCGUUGUCGCAGAACAUAAUCGCAUCCCUGUCUGGGCCUGCAAAGCGAUUCUAUGAGCGUGAAUUCGACUUCUUCGGCAAAAUCACAGCCGUCAGCGGAGAGAUCCGUUCCUUCCCCAAAGGUCAGGCUCGAAAGAAGGCCUGUUUGGAUGCGCUCAGUCGAAUCAAGGUACAGGCCGGAUGCUAUUUACCCUCCAAUCCGGAAGCCAUGGUACUUGAUAUUGACUACAACAGUGGUACUCCGAUGCAAAGCGCAGCUAAAGCUCCAUACCUGGCACGGUUCCGGGUGCAUCGCUGUGGAAUCAACGAGCUAGAAACAAUGGCUAUGGAAGUGUCCAACAAUCCCAACAAUCAGCUCGACGGGCCGAAGCUAAGUUCGAUGGGACCGGAAACCUGGCAGGCUGCGAUCUUCAAAGUUGGUGAUGACGUACGUCAGGAUAUGUUAGCGCUACAAGUAAUCUCCAUUUUCAAGAACAUUUUCCAACAAGUUGGCCUCGAGCUGUUCCUUUUCCCAUAUCGAGUUGUUGCCACUGCUCCAGGGUGUGGCGUAAUUGAAUGCGUACCGAAUGCAAAGUCACGUGAUCAACUCGGACGGCAAACCGACUCUGGCUUGUAUGAGUACUUCCUGCAUCAAUAUGGCGAUGAAACAUCGAAGGAAUUCCAAGCAGCUCGUAGCAACUUUGUGAAAUCAAUGGCUGCCUAUUCGGUUAUUGGAUAUUUACUGCAAAUUAAAGAUCGUCACAACGGAAACAUUAUGAUCGACAAAGAUGGGCAUAUUAUUCAUAUCGAUUUUGGUUUCAUGUUUGAAUCGUCUCCCGGAGGCAACAUUGGCUUCGAACCCGAUCUCAAACUUACGGACGAAAUGGUAAUGAUAAUGGGUGGAAAGAUGGAAGCAGCACCUUUCAAAUGGUUCUGCGAUCUGUGUGCCCAGUCGUUCCUCGCCAUUCGCCCAUAUCAGGAUGCAAUAGUAACACUAGUUUCUCUGAUGCUGGACACGGGAUUACCCUGCUUCCGGGGGCAAACCAUUACGUUACUGAAGCAAAGAUUUGUGCCAACUAAGAAUAACAAGGAAGCAGCCGCUCACAUGCUGGCUGUCAUUAGGAAUUCAUAUCAAAAUUUCCGCACAAGGACCUAUGAUAUGAUCCAGUAUUAUCAAAAUCAGAUCCCAUAUUAAAAAGUUUGGCAUAUAAUAGUAGUGGCUGCACGGUAAAAGACUUGACAAAAGUAUUCGGUAACAUGUUGACAAAGUCAUUUUUAAAGGUGGAUGGACAAAUUUCGGGCAUUCGACGCGGGGUCAGGUUUAGGGAUUGCAUUGUGUAAUUUAUUUAUUCCGGACAAAAGCUUGUAGAUGUGGUAUAUGUGAUUAUAAAUAUAGUCAAAGUUAAUCUAAUUGUUAAAUAUUUGUUGAAUGGUAUUAUACUAAAUUAAAUAUCAAUGGUAAAAGGAAA